AUGGAAAAUAAUAUAUCAAAAAAGAGCAUGUUAAAUUUAGAGAACUAUUUACCAAGUACUAGUGAAAGUAGUAAUUUACUUAAAAAUAACUACAGAAUAGAUCCUUCAGGCAAAGACCAAACAAACAGGAAUCCAACAGAUUAUUUGGUUUUAAAGAUUUGGAGAGAUGG